UUGCUUCACCGUUCCAAUGGUACUAGGUAACAAUGUUCAUGUCGAUACACAAUAAUAAAUCGCUAUUUCAAAUUGUCUUUUGACUCAUGAUUAAGAAUUUUAAAUUCAUUUGAUAUCCAAUUACUCCACUCAUUUACCCAAUGUUCCAACCUGCUCAGAGUUGUUUGCCAGUUCAACUCAACUUCAAUGUUAUCAAUUAGUAAAUUUCAGCUGACGCUUUGUAAAUUAAAUGGUUAGGAUAGUUUUAAGGUUUGUCAACAAAAUCCACAAUUCCCUCCCCCCGUUUUGUUUUGUUUUUUAAAACGGCUUCAAUAGAGUUUGUUUAUUUUUUUUUACGAAGUUAUAAGAAGGUAUAUUAAAAUGAUACAUCAGUCGUAAUUAAUUAAAUGGUAGACAACGAUUCUUAUGACUUCAUCUUCUAAUAUGAUAAUACUGCUUCCUUACAUGUCUUCAGUGUAGAAGUUUAAUAAUUGCUUCAGAUGCUAACUGAAGAUAAAAAUGAUGAAAAUGAAAAUGAAAUAACUCACCAUCGAGAGCACAGAUCUAGGAUAAGAAGAUAUUUAAGUCCAUCAAGACAUCCAAUUUUGAGUGGUGAAAAAUUUAACAGAAUACUUUUAAUUAUACUAUCUGUUAUAUUUACAGUUUUUGUCUUCUGCUUAUCAGUUUAUUAUAUCUACUUCUAUUUUGAAUUUAAUGUGAAUAUUGCAUGCCAAACGCCUAAAGAUGAAGAGCAUAAGGAUAUAUUUAUUUGCUCUAAAAAAACACAACCUGGAUGAUGAAAAGUAUUUAUAUAUGGAAUUGUACAUAAAUUAAAUAAUUAUAUUUUAAUUUCUAUAUUUUCUUCUGGUUUAUAGAAAUAUCAUAGGGAAUCUCAAUUGCGGCCAGGAAAUAAAUCUAGUAUUAAAGAACUAGUUGACAGAAUGGGAACAGAAAAGUAAAAAAAUCAGUGACUAUUACUAAUUGAAAUACCCAAGAGGAACAUACAUGCUGUUUCUGAUCGAAUGAUUUAGUUAAAGUGGUCACUUUUUUUACAGUAUAAAAAAAAAUAUAGCCAUUGGCUUGGCUAUGAUCGAAAUUCAGAGAUUUAAAUUAAUCAUUGAAAUAAUGUUCCCCAAAAUAUAUUUUUUUAACUUCUCUUCGUAUUCGCACAUAUCACCUACAAAUCAUAAUCACUAAAUGCGAUGGAGAAAAUUGUAGUUAUGGCCUGUCGAAGGAUAGUACCCAGCAGGAUCUCCUUCCUCUCUUGAAUCCAGUUAUAAUUUAGGAAAGGAGAUCUCCUACCUGGCUCCUUUUCAGUCACAUCCUAGUUGAUACUUCAGCCUUCAUAAUAUCAUUUAUCAGCCUAAAGGAGUUUACUAUGAAAGCUGUAACCAAAAGGAGUUUCUUCUAUCAGUCUUAAAAUUUUUAUUUUAAAAUUAAAAUUGUUAACAGAUUUUAGUUUUUUAUCUUUCUUUUAUUAUGUUA